AUGCAAGCGGAUGUUGCAGGUAGGCAUCCUGCCCAACCGAAGAAGUCUCUCAAGAGUGCACUCAAAAAACCGUUGAGAAAUAGCAGCGAUGGGAGGAGAAGCAGACGGAGACGGCGGUUACAACAAUUGGCAGGCUACAAUGAUGGAAACACGGAGUACGACAGCGGGGAUGAGAUCACUGUUGUAUCCUCUUCACCAUUACUCACGCCGACUCCGCCUACCGUUGCAGUAUCGCUGGUCAAACUGUACCCGUACUUGAUCGUGAUAGACAAGAUACUGAAUCUCCUAACCUGGAAUAAUGAAGAUGGGACCUUGUUGCCGAGCGUUUUGUUGGUACUGUCAUAUACUGGUACCGUGUGCUAUUUUGAAUGGAUGACAGAGUAUUUCGGUCAUAUUUUAAUUAUUGUGAUAAUAUGGCUGUAUUCUUUACUGGAUAAAUAUGUGAAUGUUACUAUUACCUCAUACCCGACGUUGGACGAUAUCGUCCACGUUAUGGGGCGUGUUUCGCAUAAAGCAGAUUUGAUCUUGGCACCAAUAAGUGUGCUGAAUAAACAGGAUAUCAGAAGACUGUUAUUUACGGUGGCAUUUUUUUCACCCGUAUAUAUGAUCAUCUCGAAGAUCUUCCUCACCCCUCGACAUUUACUUCUAGUGUUCGGACUAUACGUGCUGACAUACCAUGCACCAAUUUUCAAAUCAAUAAGAAAAGCCCUGUGGCAGUUUAAACUUGUCAGACUGUUUAUUUUCUACGUGACGGGACUCGAUUUCGGUGGGUUGACUUACAAGAACCAAAAUCCGUUUUCCAAAGCCAUGGAGGCUGCGAACUUGGUGGCCAAAAGCUUUACGAACGCAAACAGAUCUGUUGAAUUUGUAUAUGUGCUGUUUGAAAAUCAAAGACGGUGGCUGGGUAUUGGCUGGACCUCCAGCAUGCUAAGUUAUGAAAGGGCUUCGUGGACAGACGAGUUUCUGAACAGAAGCAGCGAACCGUCUAGUUUUAGACUACCUCACAUAGAUGAUGCCGAUAGUCAUCGAUGGGUAUGGGUAGAUACGGAAUGGCAGCUUGAUAGAACAAAUGACGGUGCCAUACAUUUGGAUGAGUCUGAACCGAAAUUAACUUCGCAGCCUACUCUCAACGACGGAUUUAUCUAUUACGACAAUACCUGGAACAAUCAGUCAUCAGAAAAUACAUUUACCAAAUAUACCAGACGGAGAAGGUGGGUUCGUACUGCUAAGUUGGUCAACACAUCCAUUGAAGAUGCACCGCCAAGCAAAGUUGUUGACGAGAAGGAGAAUUCUUCUGGUGGGGAAGUUGAUAAAGUAUCGACUCACACCCCCGAUGAAGGCACAAUUAGGGAGAGGAAGGUAUCAUUUAGCGAGCUCCAAAACGUCCACAUAAUUCCAGAUGAUGGUUAUAUUCGUUAA